GUCGCGAUGGAGGCGGCGGGGAUCCCGGGCCGCGGCUGGGGCUCGCCCAGGGGCAGGCCGGCUCGGUACAGCACUGGAACGCGGGAGCUAGUGAGAGCCACGAUGGAGGAGCUGCAUCUGACGCAUUCUCAGAAGCGAUACCUGAUGGACUACGUGAAAAGGCGAGCUGUCCCCACGGGUCAGCCAGGAACCAAGGCACAACGGUGCGACUUGGACCGCAGUCUGUUGUGCCCAGUGACCAGGGUGAGACAUCUGGGGCACUGGGGUCUUCGUUUGUCAUGCUACUAUGGAUUAACAGGAGGCGAUGCCCUGCCCCUUCAGAGAUUCCCCCCGUCCAGCAAACAGCCAGUGCAUGUUUCCUCCCCAGCAGCCUGUCAGCCAUGCAGGCUUCCAGCUAGACCGCUUCUCCGACCUGCCAAGGUCUGCCAGGCAGAAGAUGCCUACACCCGAGAGAAAUUCAAGCCACAGCCCAUACGAGAUUUGGAAAAGGAGAAGAGAAGACUUCAAAACAUCUUAGCAACAGGGAAGGAUGAGGUAGAGGACAAGGUGAAGCAGGUGUUCAUUCAGAAAAAGGAAGAGGAGAUAGCUGCGCCUGACCAAUUUGAAGAAUUGAUGAAUGAAAUUCAAGAGAGGAGGGAAUUCCUGGCAGAGAUGGAAGCUCUAGGACAGGGUAAGAAGUAUCAAGGGAUCAUCCUCACUGAAAUCUCACAGAAAUUGCAUGAGAUGGAGAUCAUUGACAAGAAGAGAAGUGAGGAAAUGAGAAAUAUGACAAAAGCCUUCCCUGUUGGGAACAAAUCCAGUCUCCAAGACUAGGCCAAGGACAAAACACAAAUGCAAUUUGUUCCCACCUAUUCUUCCCAGACUGUCGACAUUGGAGGCUGGUCUGUGACUGUUUCCAAAGAGGGGGCAGCACCAUCUGUUGCCUGAAACUAGAAGGCAGGACCAAUUUGUACAUAAACAGCAAGAGAAGUUGUAAAAUCCUUCCCACACACUGGAUCCCUUCUUGCUCAAUAAUA